AUGGUGGCUUCGUCGGUUUCUGGUCGGAGCUUGCUCCCGCUCGUGCUGCUCGCCGCGCAGCCGUGCGUCGCGUCGUUCGUCUCGACGCUUCCCGCCGGUGCCCAGGACAUGUUCAACCAGUCCAUGUCCUACCUGGACACUCUGUACGAUCCCGAGGCGCAUUAUCUGUACGAUGUGUCCCAGGGCACGCAGACGUCGCUGAACCACGAGGUGAGAGCCUCGGCGUGGUACGCGAUCGGCCUGCUUGCGCGGAACAACGGCAGCGAUGUCGACGAGGCCAUGCAGAUCAUUCGGAAUGUAAUUGGCGGUCAGUUCAAGGAUCCCAAAGACCAAUGGUACGGCACGUAUCAAAAGGAGCCCGAAGAGCCCACGGUGGGCAGCGCCGCCUACCCGGCCGACAUGUACGACAGCUGGGACCCCAAUUGGCGCGGAUUCAUCGGCACGGCCUUCAUCCAGGGCCUGGAGGACUUUGGGGACCUGAUCGAGCCCGAGGUGGAGCAGCUGAUGCUCGAGUCGCUGCACAACAACACGGUCGGCGACAGCUACCGCGUGGGCGGCGUCGACGGCGACAACCUGUACCCGGCCUACAGCAACCCGUCCAUCAUGCGCGCCUUCGUCAGCGGCUGGACCGGCCGCCGCCUCGGCGAGGCCAACAUGACCCAGGCCGGCGAGGACUACGCGCAGGAGAUCAUCGACCUGUUCAACCGCGCCAACACGCUGUCCGAGUUCAACAGCGGCACCUACGCUGGCGUGUCCAUGUACGCGCUGUCGCUGUGGGCGCGCUACAUGCCGGCCAAUGAGUCGGUCAUGGGCCGCGAGGGCCCGCGCAUGCUCAAAGACACGUGGAACUCGGUCACGAACCUCUACCACGCGGGGCUGAAGAACAGCGCCGGGCCCUGGGACCGCACCUACGGCUACGACAUGACGCGCUACCUGUCCAUCCUCGCCCUGCACAUCUGGAACCUGGUCGGCCGCGAGGCCAGCCCGCUGAUGGACAAGCCCUACGCCAUGGGCCACAGCGGCGACUACGCCUACGCCCCGCUCAUCGCCAUCAUGGCACCUUUCCACAACGAGGUCGUGCCCGAGGAGGCUGUUUCCCGCCUGACCGUCUUCCCCGGCGAGCACACCGUCGAGACGAGCGCCUUCUCGCCCCCCUACGACGAGUACCCGCGCAACAUUUCGGCCUGGCUCUCCGACAAGCUCACCAUCGGCGGCUCCACCUUCAACGAGACGGAGCUCGGCGGCCCCGCGCUCAACCCCAACACCUGGAGCCCGGCCGUCGUGCAGUGGGAUGCGAGCGCCGAUAAUUCGUCCAAGCUCGAGGUCGGCUGGCUGAAGUGGUACUCGACAGAGGUCAGCCUGAUCGCCGACGUCGCCCCCGGCGUGCUGAACCUGACGUACCCGUACGGCGACGCCGGCUCCAUCUUCAGCUUCAUGGUCUCGCCGUCCAAGGGCGUGCCCGACGUCGCGGGCUGGGAGGACGUCAAGGGCGUGAGCGUCAACGUCACGGGCAAUGCGAACUUGACGUAUGAGAUCGCGUUCCACGGCGCGUAUGGAGGUAGUGGGGAGACGGUGAAUGAUUUCGAGUUCUGGAACUUUACGUACUACAUGCCCGACGGCUUUGAGGGCACGCCGAAUCUCGUGUUGGAAUUCGAUGUGUAG